AGUAUUUAGUGCUUCGCUUUUGUUGAUCAUGGGUGUGACUCGCCGUUUUGAUGCUCUUCGUCCAAUCAAGGUGGAGGAUGAUGAUCCAGACGCAGUCAUUGGUAGAUUCAACUAUGCUGAUUUCGACUUCUCGGAAAGCGGUGAUGAGGCUCCAGAAAAUAUCCAUGAAUGCCGCAUCUCCGAGGAUACACCAGCAUCUCGUACGAGAAGGAACAAGGAGCGAAGGGCAGAAAAAAAAAUGCGUCGCUUCUUGGACAUCGAAAAUUCUGGGGUCAAGAUAAAUAGCUCAAUGGGAGCUAGACGGCAGCGUCGUCUUGAAAAUUUCCGCAUCCUUAUGAACUUUGCGGAUAAGGAGGAUAUCUGCACAGAUUUCUCCGAUCUCGUUCCACACACUGUGACAGCAUUUGAAAGACUGUUUCUGGAUGAUAAGAGUAUGCAGGCCUGGAAUGAAUUUAUCGAGCGUGACGAAGAUGAACAACGUCACAUUCUUGAAGAGGUGGACACAAACAGAGGUGAUGGUCGCACCUGGUUUGUCGUGGGUGGAAAGCCAGGGCCUUCGUCCAAAACUCUGAAAUCGUCAGAAAUCGACGGGCGAAAACAUCAUCCCGCGUACUAUGGCAAGGCAUGCUUUGAGCGUAUGGACAGCAGAAGUAAACGACUGCUGUCUGAGAAACGCUUACCCUGGGGCUUCAUCGAUAACCUCGAAGGCGAGCUUUUAUCGUUCUUCUGUUCAACUUCGCCAAAUUCCUCGGGCAAGGAUGACAAUGUCUACGUUGGAAUGUUCGAAAACUCCUUAGAAAGGGCUCUUGCUCAUGCUGUGGCUCAGUUCUUGAUGCUGAAGUCCAAAAGUAUAUCUGUGAAAGGUGGAGAACGCAUCACAGAGUUCCGCAAUCCGCGCGCCUUCUACAUUCCUCCUCAUGUUCGCCUGAUACCUUAUCUAUCGUCCACUCGUUCGGAACCGAUCGAGUUACCUCAGCAGUCUUGGACAGAUGAAAAGAAUGUGAAGGAGAAAAGCGCAGAUUCUUCCUACAGCGAACUGGACUCCGAGGACCUGAGUUCCUGAAUCAACAGCAUCCAAAGCAUUCGUCAAAAGUGUAGUUUUUCAACUCAGCGAUUAUUUUCAGUACAACUUCCUACCUUAGAAUAUACCUAUCUAGCUCAUAGCAUUUCCUUUUUUUCUCUAUGAUUUUUUUGGUAAAAUCUAGCGUUGGGGGCAUACAUUGAAUGGUUCAGGCUUAGCCAACAUCUCAUGGUUGAUAGAUGCUAAUGUUUUUGUUAACUUUAGCAACUGCCAAGUUGUCUCUGAGACAGCAUUCCAUCGAGUUGUUUUCUAGUUUGUGGGAUUGUGACGACAGUU